AUGGGGGAAAAGAGUAGGUUGGCUCUUAUUGAAAAUUUGGCCAAGGAAAGACCGUUUUCGGAUGAUGAACUGGCUGAAAGAGUGGAGUGUAGGCAUUUUAUGGCUGAGUUUGAUCGGUUGAAACAUUUAGAUUUGCGGCAAAAGUCCAGAGCUAGGUGGGCAUUAGAAGGGGAUGACAACUCUUCUUUAUUUCAUCAGAUUAUCAAUUCCAACAUCAGUACGAACAGGCUGAAUGGGUUGAUGAUUGAUGGCGUUUGGGUUACGAAUCCUUUGUCUAUUAAGGAAUCACUGUUUGGGUUCUUCAAACAUCAGUUUUCCGAGCCUAUGCCUAGUAGGCCGAUGUUAGUGUGCCCUAACUUGGCUUCCCUUUCUGACGAUGAGGCAACAACGCUGGCAGGUCCCUUUACAGUGGAGGAAACUAAAGCAGCUAUAUGGCUUAAAGGGGUUUUGGGGCGCUUAAUUUCUGAACAUCAAUCGGCUUUCUUGGCUGGGAGGAAUAUUAUGGAUGGGCCACUUGUGCUAAACGAAAUUUUGAGCUGGUUAAAAAAGUACAAGCGGUGUGGUAUGUUCUUCAAAGUCAAUAUCAGAAAGGCGUACGACUCGGUCAAUUGGGCGUUUCUAGACUCGAUAAUGAUUCAAAUGAACUUUCCUAGUAGGUGGCGUGCUUGGGUAAUGGCUACUCUACGAUCCGCUAAAGCCUCGGUUCUUGUCAAUGGUUCACCAACUAGGGAGUUUGAAUAUACACAUGGGCUUCGUCAGGGAGAUCCUUUGUCACCAUUUCUUUUCGUUAUGGCCAUGGAGGCACUAUCGGGUAUUAUGAAAGCAGCUGAAUCCACGGGGUUGUUCAAAGGAAUUAAAGUCACUAAUGAUGGUCCAUAUCUAUCUCAUUUGAUCUACGCGGACGAUGUGAUGUUUGUUGGUGAGUGGUCCUUGUCAAAUAUUAAUAAUCUUCGCCGAAUGCUUAGAUGCUUCUAUCUAGUUUCUGGAUUAAAAGUAAAUCUUGCCAAAUGUAGCAUUUUUGGUGUCGGGGUUAAGGACCCAGUUGAUCCUGUGGAUUUUCGGCCUAUUAGUCUAAUCGGGGUGAUAAAUAAAGUAAUACCCAAAGUUCUUGUUAAUAGGCUUAAAGGGGUUUUGGGGCGCUUAAUUUCUGAACAUCAAUCGGCUUUCUUGGCUGGGAGGAAUAUUAUGGAUGGGCCACUUGUGCUAAACGAAAUUUUGAGCUGGUUAAAAAAGUACAAGCGGUGUGGUAUGUUCUUCAAAGUCAAUAUCAGAAAGGCGUACGACUCGGUCAAUUGGGCGUUUCUAGACUCGAUAAUGAUUCAAAUGAACUUUCCUAGUAGGUGGCGUGCUUGGGUAAUGGCUACUCUACGAUCCGCUAAAGCCUCGGUUCUUGUCAAUGGUUCACCAACUAGGGAGUUUGAAUAUACACAUGGGCUUCGUCAGGGAGAUCCUUUGUCACCAUUUCUUUUCGUUAUGGCCAUGGAGGCACUAUCGGGUAUUAUGAAAGCAGCUGAAUCCACGGGGUUGUUCAAAGGAAUUAAAGUCACUAAUGAUGGUCCAUAUCUAUCUCAUUUGAUCUACGCGGACGAUGUGAUGUUUGUUGGUGAGUGGUCCUUGUCAAAUAUUAAUAAUCUUUGCCGAAUGCUUAGAUGCUUCUAUCUAGUUUCUGGAUUAAAAGUAAAUCUUGCCAAAUGUAGCAUUUUUGGUGUCGGGGUAAGUGAGUAA